UCCAGCGCGAGGCGCAGGCAGCGGCGCUUGUGGACCGCAUAGCGGUCGUGGUGGGGACGCCCCCCAUCGCGUUGCCCUCUGCUGGCCUUUCGCGUAGAAAAGCGGCCCGGGGUGGGGGAGCCCGCAGAGAAAGAGGGCGGAAAGCGGAGACGGCGAUGGAUGUGGUGCUCUGCGAUGAAUUAGUGCAGGAGAUUCUCCGGCGACUGCCGUCCGCCGACGCGCCCUCCGUCUCCCUCGUCUCCAAGCGGUGGCUCUUCCUCCUCCGCUCCUCUACCACCUCCCUCUCUCUCUCCGUCCCCCCGAAUCUCCCUAAUUCGCCAUCGCUCUCCUCGAUCCUCGCCCACUACUCUUUCCUCUCCGAGCUCACCGUCGUCUCCAAUCGCAAGGAGGAAGAAGAGGCGGAAGGCGGCGCCGAUGACCUAUUGUUCGCUAUUGCUUCCGCCGCUUGCUCCCGCCGCCUCACCCGAUUAAGAUUCAUCCCUGCCGCUCCGGUUUCCCCUUCCGCGCUUCAAUCCAGCGCCACCGCCUUCGCCUCCCUCACCUCCCUCCAGAUCGCCUCCCUCUUUCCCCUCUCCUUCUGCUGGCUCUCCUCCCUCCCCUUUCUCAAGCGUUUCUCCCUGGUCCGCUCCCGCCCCAAACGCCGCCUUACCCAAGAACCCUUUCCCGAUAAUGAUGACAGCGGCGGCAAAAACCCUAUCGUCAUGCUGCCGAUGGAGAGUUUGUCGUUGUCUGGCAUCUACGCCACAGAUCGCGGGGUCUCCUGGCUUUGGCGCCGCUGUGGCAACCUCCGGUGGCUGCAGUUACGUGCUUGUGAAGGAACCGGCGAAUGCGCCUCCUCCCUCGCCUUCCCCCUCUGCCUCCCUGGCCUCCUCGGCCUAGAGCUUCGCACCUGCCGCUCCAUCGCCGACCGCAUCCUCCUCCUGGCCGCCGACCGAUGUCGCGACCUCACCUCUCUACUCCUCUACGAUGGCGGCAGCCGCGAUGCCCUCCACCACUUCAUCCAACGCCGCGGCGCCGCACUCCACACCCUCGACCUCCGCCUCCCUCUAGACCUCCACAACGACCAUCUCUUCGCCAUCGCGGUUGAGAACGGCUACAAUUCCGACCGCCUCCGCCGCCACUGGCUCUCCUCCCUCCGCCUCCACAGCUGCUGCCUGGUAACCGGAGACGGGCUCCGCUCCCUCGCCCUGUCUCCUGCCGGCGCGGCAAUUGAAGAACUCGCCCUGGUGAACUGUGACGUGGUGGAGAGGGAGUCCGGUCUGCUCACCUUCCUCAGCCAGAGCAUGCAGCGGCUCCGGAGGCUUGACUUGUCGCACAACGAGACGCUGACAGAUAAGGAGGUGGGAUCAAUGCUGGCUUCCUGCCGGAAUCUAGUGGAGAUCAGACUCAAAGGUUGCAGAGCACUAACAGGCGAUUCCUUGAAUUCCUUGCUCAAACACCGUGGCAAGCAAGUGCAGUUGCUAGACAUUUCUCGAUGCCCAGCCAUUGGAAACGAAGCUAUUGAGAAAUUUGCAACCAACGCCAGCCGACUGUGUCAAUUGAUAAUCGAGGAGGACAAGCUGACUGAAGCAGCUAGAGCUUGGGUAUCUCGAAAGGCCAUUAAAAUUGGUUGAUCUUGCAAAUUUCAACCUCAACAAGGGAAAAAAAGAAGCAAUUUUGCUCUGUUGGCGAUGAACAUAGUCUGCUUGAAGUUGACUUUGGAAACUCAAAUCGUAAUGUUUCCUUGAUCAUGAAGAGAGCAUGAUCUUGAAAGCAUUAGUUGGAGUUAAUUUGGAUCAAGAAUAGUAAUGAUAAUGGAGCGCAAUUAGAAGCAUGGUGCAGGAGUAUAUGGUGAGAAGGAAUAAGGGAGAGCUGUGGAUAAAGACAAUUGACUUAUGCUUUAAUAUCACUUUUGUUUGGUUGAAUGUCACACAUUUCCUUAAGUCCCAAUUCAUAUGUAGAUAUGAACAGAGAUUUUUUAAUAUUGGUAAUUAUCAUUUAAGGACAA